UUACGGUGGGAGGAAGAAGAUCAAUGGUCUGGAUUACCAAAAUACAUGUCCCAUUCAUUACUGCCCAAGGCUCGAGUAUAGUGUGCAAGGACUUGGGCCGAGGAUCAUACGAAGAACUACACGACACGACUAUCUCAGCAGCCAGGAAGAGUCGGUCUCGCCCCUUCGUUUCGCGUCUUCCCACCGUUUCUCACCUCCAACUCCCUCAUGACCGGUUUGCCGGAAAUAACCGAGUUAUUUACCAAACUAGCCUCAUAUCUCCACUGUAAUUCCUCACCAAGCCCAGCCCAUGAAUCGGAACCCCUUGCCCUCGCCAUUUCUUCCCUCAGCGAAUCCCUCAACCACAACGAAACACCGCUAUCCGCGUCCAGGGUUUUGGACGCAUCACUCUCCUUGAUGUGCUUCAAGGCACCCGCGCUCUCCGAUUCUUUGAUCGAAUGCCUAUCGGAGACGAUCGUGGCGGUCCUUUCGUCGUCGGUGUCUUGCAGGGUCUCGUUCUUCCCGGAGGAGGAUCUGUUGCAGGUCAGGAGCUCGAUUUCAUGUGGCGAUUGCGCAGAGCUGAUUGGAGCAUGUGCGCAUGUUAUCGCGAGCUUGGAUGGAUACGGGACACUCUCCCAUAAGCUUUUGCGUGCUGUUCUAAAAGUAGCAACUUCAGCAUGUUGUUGCCAGAGCCUAUUCCCAUUGCCAUCUAUAGGAUAUGAAAAUUCAAGGUGCAAAAUAAAAGCCGCUGUUUCAAAGCUUAAUUCCUUUUUGCCGGAAGAGACCUCGGCAAGUACCUGUGAAACUCCAUUAAGGUUACUUUUGUGGUAUCUUGAUCCAUCAUCUCUAAAGUAUGACAUUUCAAGAAUUUUACAAGAAAAAAUGGAAAGGCCCUUCCUUUGUCUGAAGAAAGAGUUGCAUGAGAGGAUGGCUUGGCGUUCCGUAGUUAUAUGCUUGGUAACUUCUCCUACUAUGUUUAUCGAGGUGAAGGUUCUAUUGCAUCAUUGGUUUCUCAUGACGGGUUUGGCUUCUGUGCUCGAGCUUCGCACUGAGCUCGUGUCAUCUCUGUUGGAUGCACUUGCCAGGCCAAUGAGAUGGGGUAUGUCAAUGGAAUUGGGGCUGAAAUUGCCAUUUUCUUGUGCCUAUUUUCCUAACAAACACCACAAUUUGUUAGUGUUGUUAAUGGGACCCAUUUCAUGCGAAAGAUUUCUGGAUUUAGUUCAUGUUGUUAUGGGGCCGGUUUCUUACACUAAAAAGCAUGUAGACCCUACAGCAUUACACCCGUCACAAGGCAUUUUCAAGCAAACUACAUCAGAAGCGAUGGUGAUAGAUCAUAAAUCAACCUGGGCUAUGUUGAUGGAUUUCCCUACUUGGUUAUAUUUUGCAGCCAUGUUACUGUUCUCUGGGAAACAAUGCCAAGAUAUAUUCCCAUCUACAUUAACACCAACAGAGGUUGAAUGUGAGACAUAUGAUUCAGAGCUACGUUGUGCUGCUGCAAGAUAUCUUGCAUGGAUUUUGAAUCCGAUAAAUGAAACACAGAACAAUCAACUGUUUGACUGUGUGAUUGAAUUAUCUGGAUCCUGGAUGCUGAAGCAAAAGGAAGCCAGUGCCCAUCGAUCACAUUCUCGCCUAGAUGCCUGCGUCACUGAUACAAUGAACUGCAGGAAGAAACUCAAGAAACCUAAAAUCAAAGACAGGGAAACAGAGCACAUGUCAGAAGUGGAACUCUGGCUCAAAGAUUUCAACAAUCGCUGUGUCGCAUUUUACAAUAAAGUGGAUACCAGCCAUGAAGCAAAAACAGCAAGUGUUGUUAGCAUGCAGUCGGACUUGCUAUUUAGAAAAAUUCCUCUAGGCAUCUUGAUUGGGUGUUCAAGAUAUUUAGAUGAGAAGGCCUAUGAACUGCUGCUUCACUAUGCUGUGACAGGUGAAAUACUGGUGCCAAGGGAAACUCAAAAUUCUCGAAAGAAGCAUGCUGAACAUAGGUUGGAAGGCUGUGAUGAUGGUGAAGACUCGAGUAAGUUGUCGGAAGAAAGCGACGGGAGGGAGGGAGCUGUAUCUGGAGCCUCUCUCGUGUUCUAUUUGUUUGAUAUCAUCGAUGAGAUGUCGGCGUCAAUGCUAGAGAGUGAAGAUGGUCAAUGUGAUUUUGUUUGCCAUAUGAAAGGAAAGGCCAGUAGAUACUUGUUCAAGUGCAUCAAGAAGCUACUUGAACUUCAGAAGAACGGUGAUGAAGGGAGAGGGGUGAUGUUAAUGGACCUCAACAAGAGAUUGGAGAGAUGGAGGCAACAAGGACGAGAAGUAUUUGAGGGAUCCGACACCUUUAAUGAUAUGGUUUGUGACUUGAACUGUAAGAUUUCUUCAGAGAAUCAGAUUUAGUUGCUAUUAAAAAAUCAUUUUUUUUUCCAACCCAGCAAUGAUUUUGGUAGGUCCCAGCUAUUAGUAACCUAAACCAUUGAUCUGGGGCAGUCCAUCACAGGCUUGGGAACGCCUGUUUCUCCCCCACAAGAUUAUCAUUCGAUGGACACAUUUAACAUGGAUCAGACUGGACGGUCAGGAUCAUAUGAUGGGGGAGGUUUUGCGGGCAUCUCCCAUUGGCUGUGAGGGCCCAAUGAAAGCUCAAUGCAGCAUUGUAUAUUUCCCCCAAAGAAAGGUAAAUUUAUUUGUGCUUUUGUUUUGAAA